AUAACAAAUAAUUUGAGGAUAUGUAUGCCACGCCCAAGGUCUACGACGAUAUAUUAGUCGCAGAGUCUAAGAUCUCAAUGUACAAAGUGGCCCCAGUUUAUGACGACAUCUCCUUGCCUGAUAAGGAGGAUGGUAUGUGGGUCCAGGAUCUGGAGGCAAGACAGGACAAGUGUCUCAGUGAGCUGGAGCUCUUCCAACAGAGACUUAACAAGAUAGAGGCUGAUUGCUGUGGAGUGAAGGCUGCAGAGAACACCUCUAAAUUUGACCUGGUUGUAGGGUGCAGUGUGGGAUCACCUGCUGUGUACAUGACUGCUAUCAUGGCUCGCAAAGUCAACUGUCUUAUCAAGGUGUUCUCACAUUCGACUAACACAAAAGAAGUAGACAGCAGCAUCACAAACAAGUUACUGCGUGUCAACAAAGGAGAGACAGAUUACUGUGGCAUCAACCUCAUUUACAAAGAUACUUCCUCUCCCUACUUCAUGGCAUGUCCAGGUCGUCAGGUAGCAGUCAGCGGACUAAGCAAUAUUCUGCGUUUCGUGGCUCGAGAGAGGAAAUACUCCAGUUUAUACGAUGAACAAGACCUUCUGAAUGCGGCCCUUAUUGAUGAGAUUCUCUCUGUCGUGGACUCACUUGAGCGGGUGAACGUGUCGGCUUCUGAAAUAGGAACGAUCCUCAACACCCUCGCUAGCUACCUCAAAUCCUCUUCUUAUCUAGCCGGAGAUGCGCUCUCUAUAGCGGAUAUCGCCCUGUGUUGUCACCUCACCGCUAUGGACUCUAAACUCAUCCCCAAUUCUCUUCGUACUUAUCUUAGUGACACAGUGAAGGGUAAUUACGAGAUGAAGGUCCUUAAAGCCUUCCUCAACUGGACUCCUGCUGGUUUAGUGGUUUAAUGAGACGGGUUUUUAUUAUACAUUUUAGUGUUCAUGUCUUCUUUGGGAGUUUUAUUAUUUAUAUGUUUAACUGUAGUUUAUUGGAUUAUUUAUAAGGUUUUAAAUCUCCUAGGAAUUCAUCAGCAUUCCUGAAUAGUUUAA